AUGGUCUCCUUACAUGGUAGUGCUGAUGUCUUGAGCACGAAUCCCUCCUUACUGACCAAGUCUGGCCCAGCGGGGGCAUUUAUAUCUCUUUCCGCGCAAGAUGCCCCUACCUGCAUCAGUACCAUACACCGUCUGUUUGCCGCGCCCGAUGCCUCUAGGGAAGAAGGCCCAUCGUCCAAGCGGCGUAAGGUUGGUGGCGGUGGAGCUAUCGCCAUAAAACCACAGGCAAAAUUUGACGAGAAGAAGAGCAUUGUUUUGACCAAGAUAUCUAUAGAUUUAAAUAUGCCCGUUGCAUCGCACGGCUCUAUGGAUAUGGCGUAUACCACGACCGAAUCACAGGAACCUAUACUCGUAGAGCUGGAAUCGAUAUAUAGAGAACGCAACACAAGGCAGGCCUUUCAGGUUGCACUCUGGAACGUAGCCAACAGCACGGGUGUAGAUAUUGUUGCCACAACUCCUACUCCUUUCCUAGACUCGAUAGUAACCCACAUGCGAACCGCCGCCACACUUGCGACCACUCGUGCCGGGAAGAAGUCCAAGCCUGUGUCUCGGGCUGCUUUCUGUCGCUGUCAGCUGUACCAGCCUGCAGAUGGACAAACGUCAUACAGAUUGGACGUGGAAAUACGGUGGACUUUGGGUAUAUCAGUUGUUGAAGAUCCAAGUAUACGAGGUCACUACAUGAAUGAGGACCUGAAGCUCCUUUCUACCUACCUAAGCGACGCCGCCACAGAAGGCGAAAAGACCUGGACUUUGUCUGAUUUCUACGACUCCGUCCACGUACCACCAGCAGACCUGAAGGUUUCGCCACGCAUCAAACAAGCCCUGAAUGCUACCUCGCUGUUGCCAUUUCAAGAGAGAACGGUGGAUUGGCUUCUGCGGCGAGAGGGUGUCGCAUUUUCGCCUUCGGGUACGCUGGAGCCUUUCGUCAACACUUCCCCGCCGGCAUCGUUCCGACCGACAAAUGACGCAAUAGGCGUGCCAUGCUACGCAAGUCAACUUAGGGGCGCUGUAGUAACAGAUCUGGAUGCGGCCAAGGGCGACGCUUUACAGACACUGAGAGGUGGCAUACUCGCUGAAGAAAUGGGUCUUGGCAAAACGCUGGAGCUGAUCGCUCUGAUAUCUCACCACCCGCGUGUUGUUCGAGAGGACAAAAUCCACGACGAUUACACCGGGAUUGACGUCAAACCAUCCGGUGCUACACUAAUCAUCACUCCGUCUUCUAUAUUGGACCAGUGGGUGACCGAACUGUACAACCAUGCGCCUGAACUCAAAGUCUGUCAUUACAAGGGAAUUCCAUCUCUAAAUGCACCCAAGGAAGAUCAUGCUGCAUCUACCAUUGACCAUCUUAUGCAAUAUGAUGUAGUCUUGACGACGUACCAAGUUCUUGCCAAGGAAAUUCAUCACGCCGUACCCCCUCCCGACCGUAGCUCCCGGCGUGCCAAAACUUGUGAGCGCCGAACCAGUCCUCUUGUUGGUAUCUCCUGGUGGAGAGUCUGCCUCGACGAGGCACAGAUGGUAGAGAGUGGCGUCAGUCAGGCUGCUAAAGUGGCUCGCAUCAUACCCCGGUGUAAUGCAUGGGCAGUGUCUGGAACUCCACUUCGCAAAGACAUUCAGGAUUUGCGCGGUCUAUUGGUUUUUCUCCGCUGCGAUGCCUUUGCAAAUAACAAAGCAGUCUGGGGCCGCUUGGACAAAGCGUCUUUCAGGGGUAUCUUCAACGAGAUUGCCCUGAGAAAUACCAAAUAUAACGUUCGUAAUGAGCUCCAGCUACCGCCACAAAAACGCAUUGUCAUCACGGUUCCCUUCACCACAAUAGAGGAGCAACAUUACACCGAAUUGAUGCGCCAAAUGUGCGAUUCUUGUUGGCUCACGUCUGACGGGAAACCUAUAGCAGAGGAUCGUGACUUGACCCAUCCGGAUGUGAUUGAGAGAAUGCGAGAGUGGCUAGUCAGAUUACGCCAGACAUGUCUUCAUGUCAAUGUCGGACGGAGGAAUCGACGAGCUCUGGGUGCAAAGAAUGGUGCUUUACGCACUGUGCAUGAAGUUCUGGAGGUCAUGAUAGAGCAAACCGACACGAAAUGGAAGUCCUCUGCACGCGAAAUGAUUCUGUGCAUGAUCAAGAUGGGCCACAUACAUGCGUAUGCCGGCGAGUUUGUCACCCGAGCUGAGUCAGCACUUCCAUAUUAUCUCGCUGCGCAUAUAGAGGCGUCGGAGUAUAUUGAGAUAUGUAGGGAAGACCUGGCAGAAGAGGAGCAAAAACUGGGACGAAGUGCUUCAGUUGGACUUGGUGAGGGCGACGAUGAUGAGGAAGCGGAUAGUGGUAACUUGGGUCGCAUUCCCGUCUUACGCAAGUCGCUACGAACAUUCCUAGAGCUCGAUCAUGCCGCCCAUUUCUUCACCGCUACGACGAUUCAUCAGAUCAAAGAGAACCCCGAACUCACUGAGCCAGGCUCCAGGCUCUGGCACGAAAAGGAUAGAUCUGAAACUUCGUACUACGAGAAAGCCAAAGUAGUCCGACGUGAGCUCUUGAAGCAUUCGAAGAUCAGAGCUAAGCGUCAGAUGGAAAAGGUUGACGCAAAGAAGCCCUUCCAUCAAAUACCUAAAAUCGAAGACCUUCCAGACCUGGGUGGCAUUGAAGCGCGAAAAAUUCUCGAUGCGAUGGACAAUAUAAGCGAUUUCCUGAACGCUCAAGCCGAACAGAUACAAGCUUGGCGUACAAAGAUUGUCGACAUUCUCCUUACCCGCUUGGUGGACGAUGACGACGACGAUCAGGAAACCACUGGUGAGGAAUACGAUGACUCAUUGAAGGCUCAAGAUGAACUCUAUGUCUACAUUAUGGCUCUCCGAACUCUUGUUGCAGAUCGCAAUGCUGCUGUAAAUGGCCUACAGGAUACUUUGAUCGAGCACGAGCUGAAGGCUGCCGAAAAACAAGCCAAGAACAAGGACGGCCAAGAGGAUCGGGGUCACGCUCCCGAGCUCGUGAUAGAAGUCGUCAACACACGACGGAUGCUACAGGCUACGCUACAACCUGGGUCUUUGAAGGGUGUCGUAUCUGGCGUACGCUCCCUGAUCAACGGCUUGCAAUGGAGAGCAGAUAAUGGUGACUCUCGUGCUUCUACAGAGCUGAGUAUUCUCCAGAAGCACAUCACCAGGAUUCAAACGGUCACUUCCGAACAAGCAAAGGCUAUCACAGAGCUGGAGAAAGAACAAGAAAUGUUCAGAGGCACCAUGAAUCAGCGACUAGAAUACUAUCGACAGGUUCAGCAUAUUUCUGACACUGUCGCAAAGUACCAGGAGGACCUUGAUGAGUUUUUCAACAAGCGCGAGUUUGAAAAGACGCAGCAUGCGCGGGAUUUGAAGAAAGAGGAUGCUACUACUCACAAGGCAAGGUACACCUACCUCAGGCAUCUCCGAACCGAGAACCAGAACGAGGCGACGGCCGAAUGCAUCAUCUGUAGAGAAGAUAUUGAGCUCGGCGUCCUAACAUCUUGCGGACAUAAGUACUGUAAAGAUUGCAUCAAUACAUGGUGGCGUGUGCAUCGCACCUGCCCAACAUGUAAACAAAAGCUCGGCUCGUCCGAUUUUACGGACAUAAGUUUUAAGCCAAGCGAGAUUAGGGCCAAAGAGGAGAUCCAUGAGUCCGGUAGCCUAACACAAGCCUCAACCCCAGGCUCCUCUUCCACGGCCUCAAUCUACUCCGAUAUUUCCGAUUCAACAAUGCGAGAAAUCAAAAUGAUCGACCUUGACGGCUCCUACGGCACAAAAGUCGAUAUGAUCGCCCGCCACUUAAUCUGGAUCCGCAAAAACGACCCAGGAGCAAAGUCCAUCAUCUUCUCCCAAUUCGGCGACUUCCUCGGCGUCCUACGCGACGCCCUCGACAAGUGGAAAAUCGGCGCCAGCAGCAUCGCCGAUAGAAACGGAAUCCGCAAGUUCAAAACAGACCAAAGCGUAGAAUGUCUACUCUUAGACGCAAAAACAGACUCCUCGGGCUUGACGCUGGUAAAUGCAACAUAUGUCUUCCUCUGCGAACCCCUGAUAAACCCCGCCAUCGAACUGCAAGCCAUCAACCGCGUCCACCGCAUCGGCCAGCAACGUCCCACAACAGUAUUCAUGUACCUCAUCAGUGAUACCGUCGAGGAAGCCAUCUACGACAUUAGUGUUACCCGCCGCUUAGAACACAUGAGCAGCAACGACCGCUCGAAAGCGCCCUCGCGCUCUGGCUCCGCAGCUCCAGGCCUCAAGGAGCAAAACCUCGAUGCUGCGAACUCUGCUGAAUUGCAAUCUGCACCUCUUAAGCAGCUCCUGCGUAAAAAGGGUGAUGGCGAAGUCGUCCAGGAAGACGACCUGUGGCACUGUCUCUUUGGCAAGCCGAAGAAGGAACCCCAACCUGUAUUGGAGAGCGUGGUGGCGAGGGAGCUUAGGGCUGGGGCUGCAGAGGCUAGGUUGGCGAAUGCGGGGCCCGCAGCGGCAACGGCUGGGGAUGCUGACGAUGGGGAUGUGGAGAUGGUGGGUCUGCCUGGGAGCAGUGGUGGCGCGGCGGGUGCGAUUCCCAUUGUGGGUGCGAGGUGGGAUGAUGAAGUGAGGUUGUAG